UCUCUCUCUCUCUCUCUCUCUCUCUCUCUCUCUGUUUCCUGGCAACCAAACAGGGCGGGCGUACACAAAGAUUAUAAUAGGAUUUUUAUUUUGAAUUUUCUUUUCUGGAUCUCAUAUUUUGUGUGGUGGUGGUCGAGACAGAAUGGGAGAAGUGAACGGCGGCGAUGAAUGGAUUAGGAGGAGGGGGUGCUCGUGCACAAAGGGCGAUUUUCUACCUGAGGAAUCGUUUCGGAACUGGGGCAACUACGGGAAGGCGCUGAAGGAGACUCCGAUGAGGCUGAAGAAUCGGGUUCUGACGCGCUCCAUGGACCACACCGAGCUCGUGGAGGUGAAGGCUCGAAGCCAGCACGAGAUGAAGAAGACGCUCAACUGGUGGGACCUAACGUGGUUUGGCAUCGGCGCGGUCAUUGGCGCUGGCAUCUUCGUCCUAACCGGCCUCGAGGCCAGAGAACACGCCGGCCCCGCAGUCGCCUUGUCCUACGUCGUCUCCGGCAUGUCCGCUUUGCUCUCCGUCUUCUGCUACACCGAGUUCGCCGUGGAGAUCCCCGUAGCCGGUGGAUCAUUUGCCUACCUAAGGGUAGAGCUCGGCGACUUCAUGGCCUUCAUUGCCGCCGGCAACAUCCUACUUGAGUAUGUUAUCGUUGGAGCAAUCCUUGCCCGUGCCUGGACAUCCUACUUUGCCACACUCUGCAACCACCAACCAAACGAUUUUCGCAUUGUAGUCCACAGUUUCUCACCUGACUACAGAAAUCUCGACCCCAUAGCUGUCGUCGUCAUCGCCGCAAUUUGCGUCCUUGUAGUCCUGAGUACCAAGGGCUCUUCACGUUUCAAUUAUGUUGCCUCCAUCAUCCAUGUUGUCGUCAUUCUCUUUAUCAUCAUCGCAGGCCUUAUUAAAGCUGAUACCAAGAAUUACACCCCAUUUACUCCUUUUGGAGCCCGUGGCAUCUUUCAAGCGUCGGCAGUACUUUUCUUCGCUUAUGUUGGAUUUGAUGCUAUCUCAACCAUGGCUGAAGAAACAAAGAAUCCUGCUCGAGACAUCCCCAUUGGUCUUAUAGGCUCAAUGGUGAUUACUACAUUGGCAUAUUUUUUACUAGCGGUGACACUAUGCCUUAUGCAAUCAUACAAAACCAUCAACGAGGAUGCUCCAUUUUCGGUAGCAUUUGAAGUUGUUGGUUGGAAUUGGGCUAAGUAUGUAGUUGCUGCCGGUGCGCUGAAGGGGAUGACGACCGUAUUGCUGGUGGGAGCUGUUGGUCAGGCUCGAUAUCUCACACAUAUUGCAAGAACCCACAUGUUGCCGCCAUGGCUCGCCCAUGUGAAUGAGAGAACUGGGACACCCGUCAAUGCCACAAUAGUCAUGCUCGUCGCCACGGCGGUCAUUGGCUUCUUCACAAGCCUUAGUAUUCUCUCCAACCUACUCUCUAUCUCCACGCUGUUUGUCUUCAUGCUCGUCGCUGUUGCCCUUCUCGUCCGCCGGUACUAUGUCAGCGGGGUGACAACACAAACUGACCGUACAAAACUCGUCGUGUUUAUUCUGCUGAUUCUUGGAUCUUCCAUUGCAACUGCUACUUAUUGGGCCACCAGUGAUGGGUGGGUCGGGUACGUAAUAACCGUCCCAAUUUGGCUGACUGCAACCGUGGGGAUUUGGAUUUUUGUUCCACAUGCAAGACAGCCAAAACUUUGGGGGGUUCCAUUGGUGCCAUGGCUGCCAUCGUUAUCCAUCGCCAUCAACAUUUUCCUUCUUGGGUCGAUAGACAAAGCUUCUUUUGCAAGGUUCGGCGUGUGGACUCUGAUAAUCUUGGUUUACUAUUUCUUCAUUGGAUUGCAUGCAUCCUAUGACACAGCCAAGGGAUCUAGCAAUGGAGAGGAGAGGAAGAAUGCUGAAGAGGGUGGAGUAAGGGGCAACAUUGCGUUCUAUGGGAGUUUCUAAUUAAUCACAAGUGUGUGAUGUAAGUGUGUAGUUGAUGUUCAUAUUAAUAUUGUUAAGGAAUCCUAGGUGUUUCACUUUUUCUAGCUUGUUAUAAUAAUAAGUGUUUGUUCAUGAAGAAAGCAUUAAAAUUAUGUUUCAAAAUGUUAAAAUAUAAAUUAAUUUAUUAAUUUCAUCU